AUGCCUGGCUCAAUAAGAAAUACUGUUGAUAGGCUGGAUAAACCCAGUGCCUAUUAUCAAGGUAGAAAUAAGAAGCGCAGAUAUGAGAGAGACGGAGAGGAUGAUAGAAGAGAACGAACUCCAGAGGAACCAGCAGAUGAUCCUUUGAAAGACGCGACAACACUUUAUGUGGGAAAUUUGUCCUUCUACACAACUGAAGAACAGAUUCACGAAUUAUUUGCAAAAUGUGGUGAAAUCAAGAGAUUGAUUAUGGGAUUGGAUAGGUUCAAUAAGACACCUUGCGGGUUCUGUUUCGUGGAAUAUUAUACUCACCAGGAUGCACUUGAUUGUAUGAAGUAUAUUGGUGGCACAAAGCUCGAUGAACGAAUCAUUAGAACAGAUUUGGAUCCUGGAUUUCAGGAAGGGAGACAAUAUGGACGUGGAAAGUCUGGCGGCCAAGUGCGCGACGAGUACCGUGAAGAAUACGAUGAGGGCAGAGGAGGUCUUGGUAGAGCUAUUCAAGCCGAAAGACAGAAAGAAGAAGAAGAAUAUGGGAAAGGUAGAUAG